CCCCCCGGGGCCGGAGUUGGUACGGUCCGGUGUGGUGUAGAAAGUCCCUGCUGAGUGAAGCUCCGGCUCAGAGCCGGGCCGAGCUGAUCUGACAGAUCAUAAAUUCUGCUCCAGCAGAUCCACAAUGUGCUCAGACCCCAACCCGGAGCACAGAACCUGAUACAGAACCUACAGUUCUGAGUACAGGACCGGUUCUGAGUUCUGAUCCGGAGGACAGGACCGGUUCUGAUCCGGAUCUGCAUGUGGAUGAAGUUCUACUAAAGUUCUACUGCAGGAAACUCAGGCAUGGCAUCAGCGCCAGAACCGUUCUCCUACAUAGAAAUGAAUGGAGCCAGCGGGGCUGGAACAGAAAAUCAGCCGGCGGUGACGGAAACUCCGCCCACACCCAGAAUACAGGAUGCAGAGUGGUACUGGGGUGAUAUAUCCAGGGAAGAGGCCAGUGAGAAGCUGAACUCUUUACCCGACGGAUCGUUUCUGGUGCGAGACGCCUCUAACAAAGUCCCUGGACAGUACACACUAUCCCUCAGGAAGGAUAACUCCACCCGGCUGGUCCGGAUCACUCAGCACGACGGGCUGUUCGGGUUCUGCGAGCCGCUGACCUUCACCUCGGUUCCUGAGCUCAUUAGUUAUCACCAGCAGCACUCACUGGCCCAGUAUAACCCGGCACUGGACAUCACACUGACCCAGCCCGUCCCCCGCCACCCACAGGUCCACCAGCACCAGAAGACCCAGGAGACGCCGAGGGAAGAUCAGGACGUCCAACAGGACGAGAAAGUUCAGCAGGAGCUCAGAAAAGACGUUUGUUCUGCUGCUGAGGAGGAGGAGCAGUACGGUGAUGAAGGCUAUGUAAAGACUGAUGAAGGAAGUGUGCGGAGUCUGGAGGAAGCCAGUUGGUUUGUGGGUAAUCUGUCCAGAGCAGAAGCCGAGGAGCUUCUGGACGGAAAACCUUCCGGAGCGUUCCUCAUCCGGAGCAGCGGAACCCGGAAAGACUGCUACGCCUGCUCUGUAGUGGUGAACGAUGAGGUCCGGCACUGUAUGAUCAUCAGAACUCCUCGCGGGUUUGGGUUUGCAGAACCGUAUGAUCUUCACGGUUCUCUGAAGGCUCUGGUGCAGCACUACCACCACACAUCACUGGCCCAACACAACCGCGCCCUGGACGUACGGCUCGCCAUCCCCGUACACACACCACACACUCCACACACUCCACACACACCGUCCGUACUCAGCUAAACCCCGCCCCCUACGCCCCUCCCACCCCACGACCCGCAGGUACACUAUACACUACUGUUCACUAUAGUUUGGAAUUAAUCAGUGAUAAUAUUAUAAAGAUAUAUAAUCACAAACAGAAACGUAUUUUAUAUAGAUAUUUUUAAAACUAAAUCAUUAAAUCUGUUAAGUAUUGAAAUGAUUAAUUUACAAUAUUUCUCACUGCCCAAAAAAAUCACUUUUGAUUAAUCAUUUGAUUAGAACUUCAUAUUGGAUUAUUAUUUGAUAUAAAUACAGUACCUAUAAAAAGUUUGGACAAUAUGCCUUUAAUUCAGUGUUUUUUUUAAUUAUUAUUUUAAAAUGUUCUGCCUUGUAGAUUAAUAUUAAACUCUAAAACCAAACUACGAAUAAAAACAUAUGGAAUUAUUUAAUUAUAUUCAGUUUUGAACGUCUCUGCUGGAUUUUCUCAGUCAGUUUUAUGAGGUAGAGUCACCUGGAAUUCAGGCUUUCAGUUAACAGCUGUGCUGAACUCAUCAAGAGUUAAUUACUUGAAUUUCUUGUCUCUUAAUAAAGUGUUUGAGAGCAUCAGUUAAAGUAAAGUAGUGAAGAGGUAGAGUUACAGGUAUACAGUGAAUAGUGAAUAUUUAAGUAAUGUUCGAAUCCAGGUUAUGAGAAGAAACAACUACUCAACUAAAUAAAGAAAAAAAUAAUAAUUUAAGAAAAAAUGAAGGUCAGUGAAUCGUUUGAAAGUAUGGUCAAGUGCAGUCGCAAACACGACCAUCAAAAACGUUAUGAUGAUGGAACUGGCACUCAUCAGGACUCUGCCCCAGGAAACAAAGGAAGAGCGGGAGUUUCCUCUGCUGUACAGGACAAGUUAUCAGAGUUACCAGCCUCAGAAACCCCACGUUAACAAACAGCUCCCCAGAUAAGAGUAUCUAAAUACUUCACAGAGUAUUUAGGUUUGUUUAACACUGUUUUUAAGUUACUGCAUGAUUCAUUAUGUGUUCCUUCAUAAACUGAUAGAUCACUUUACUAUUCAUUUACUGUGUAGAGAAAAAUAAAAUAAAAGCACUGAAUGAGAAGGUGUCCAAACUUUUGACUGGUUCUGUAUUUAUACUGUAUAUGAUGUGUACUGUAUGUGGUUCUGAACUGGUGAACAGUAGUGUAGACGUUUCCACCAUCCACCUAACCAAUCACAGUCUGAGCAGUGUGUGUGUGUGUGUGUGUGUGUAUUAGUGUGUAUUGGGAGCUUUGCACUUUCCCGCAGGGACGUUAUUCCGCUGCUUCCUGUCCUCCAGCUUUUUAUCCUCUGUUUUUAUUUCUCAGCUGUUUGAAGUUUGUUUGUGUUGUUUAUUGUUUACAGGCGUCAGACAGGAAGUUGAAAUCUGACGCCAAGUUUUAAUGUUAAAAUGAAACUUUGAGGAAAAAUGUAAAAUGUUAUUUCUGAUAAAGUUCCAGUUAGAAGUUUGGAUCUAGUUUUACUCUGUGUGCAUUCACACACAUUUUUUUUUAAUAUUUUUAAAUAUUUUUUUUAUAUGUUUUGACUGAUAAUCCUGUUUCUUUUUAUAAAGGAACCACAUUAGAAUAGAAUAGAAUAGAAUAUCUUUAUUAUCUUUAUAUACCCAGUAUAAGGAAAUUCAUGUACAAUCCUCUCUGGCGUCACAAACAAUACAAUAAAAAAAAAACUAUGAUUAAACUAAAAUAAAUGACCAAAAAUCUAAAGAUAGAAUUUACAAAGAUUUGGAAAACAGCAUAUAAAAGAUUUACAUAAAGAAGAAACAGCAAAAACAAACAAGAUGCAAAAUAGUGACAGAUUACCCACAAUUAAAUAUUGGAUUUAUAUAAAAAAUGUUUCAGAUGUUGAAAAAAAAAGAAA